CGCUUACUCCCUAGGGGAGCACGGCCCUCCAAUAAGAUCAAAAAGAAGUUCUUGCCUCGUUUAGAGUGGGAAAACAGGCCAUGAGGAAAACCAAAAGGACUGAAGGGUCGCCAUAUCGCAAGGCCGCCAUGGCACCCACGCACUUCAAAAUCGUCCCGCGGAGGAGUCGGGCGCUGCUGUUUGCCUUGUUCUGUCUCUUCGUGUUCCUCUUGCUUCCCAGCUCCGACUUCGACCUGCGCGGCGUAUUGCUGUUCUUGCUCUUUUCGACCGACCCUGGACGCUCCCACGGGUCUGCGGGCCAAGCCGUUGACAUUCUUCAGUUUAUUGACCCUUUAAUAGGGACCGCCAAUGGAGGUCAUGUUUUCCCCGGCGCAUCACUGCCAUACGGUAGGUCCGCUGGCGCGAGUCCUUUGGUGGUGUGGCGGUGAGAUGACUGACAAUUGUUUAGGGAUGGCGAAAGCUGUCGCUGAUACAGCAAGCCCGGCUGAAAAUGCCGCUGGCUUUGUGACUGACGACAAUCUUGUCAUUGGCUUCUCGCACAUGCAUGAUUCUGGAACCGGAGGGAACCCAUCCCUGGGAAACUUCCCCCUUUUCUUUCACCCCGGUUGUCUCGACGACGACUUCACCAAGUGCGAGUACUCUGUCAUGACCAGAGGCGU